UUUUUAGUGUUCAUAUUACUUCUGUCUAUGGCAGCUGGUUUUUAUAUUUGGUGGGGAUGCUUGGUAUGGGUUCCAUUUGUCUAUACUUCUCCAGGCAUGUACCUUGUCAACCAUCCUGUAAACCUUGGAACUCAGCUUGCAAUUUAUAUACUAGUGGCAGGCAUUCUGUGCAUAUAUAUCAACUAUGAUUGUGACAGGCAGAGGCAAGAAUUUCGUAGAACAAAUGACAAAUGCUUAGUUUGGGGAAAAGCUCCUUCAAAGAUAGUGGCCUCAUACACUACCACAUCUGGGGAAACAAAAAACAUUCUUCUUUUAACAUCUGGAUGGUGAGUUUACAAUUUUCCUUUAUAUCAACUCUUAUUUGUGGCUGUAGGGUUGCUAUUUCCUUGUCCCCUAUUCCUAAGGGGUUGAAGUCACCUUUAAGUUGGUCCUAGUAACAUGGGAGAGAUGCAGUUGGAUAAGGCCAAAAUUUCUAAAUCUUAGGGCCAUGUUUGA